AUGCUGACCAUUAACCCAGCCAAGAGAGUGACCGCCACAGAUGCACUCAAACACCCCUGGAUCUGCCAACGCUCCACUGUGGCAUCCAUGAUGCACAGACAGGAGACUGUGGAGUGCCUCAAGAAAUUCAACGCCAGGAGGAAACUCAAGGGUGCUAUCCUGACUACAAUGCUGGCCACUCGCAACUUCUCAGGUAGGACUGAAUCAGCUGUAUUGAAGACUGACGGCCUUCUGGUCCUGUUUGAAGUGUUCUUAAAGACAGUGCCACAUGCUGUUAGUUUUCUCCUUAACUCUGUCUCUGUUAGUUUUUGGCAUAUUGUUUAAAGUGCUGCUCUUUUAAAAGCA